CUUCAGUUGAGCAUGGUGAAGAAUUACAGCUCUCUUUCUCGAUGAACUUGACUCUUGCCCGUCUUUUAAGAGCACCUAGUCAACCAUUGGCUUCUAGUAUUGAUACAUUACGGGGCCAUUGUAGUGGGCCAUUCUGUCCGUCCAAGGCAUCACCGAUGUCUGCGAUUCUGUCGAGAGUCAACCCGACCACCGGUACUAGCGAGUGGGUGGUGGAGGACUCGACGUACGACUAUCAUCAGGAGAUUGCGCGGUCGGCGUACACUGAUAUGCUGCACGAUGAUGAGAGAAAUAAGAAGUACUAUGAAGGUAUCAGACGUGCCAUCAAGCUCAUGCAUGCCAGGGGAAAGAAGGCCAAUGUUCUUGACAUCGGCACCGGAACCGGCCUACUGUCGAUGAUGGCGGCAGAGAGUGGCGCGGACACUGUUUAUGCUUGCGAGGCAUUUGAACCUAUUGCAAAAGUCGCCAAGAAUAUCAUCGCCAAGAACGGUUUUGCGGAAAGAAUCAACAUAAUAGCCAAAAGGUCAACGGAGGUCACUGUUGGACUAGAAGGUGACAUGCCACACAAGGGCAACAUUCUGCCAGCUGAGGUGUUUGAUACCGAGCUCAUAGGUGAAGGGGCUGUGCCGACGUACCUCCAUGCUCACCGACAUUUACUCGAGAAAGACUCCAUCUGUAUUCCCCAUUCAGCCACGGUCUGGGCACAAGUCAUUCAGUCAGGUCUCGUCUGGAACUGGCACAAACUCCAGCCAAUCCAAAUCGCCGGUCGCGACGACGUCAUCAGGCCUCUGGCCAAGAUGGCCGCCUGCUCGGGCGCGGCCUCAGUCCACGACGUGCAGCUCAGCCAGGUGUCGCCCGACCAGUUCCGGCCGAUCACGGCUCCCUUGGACAUGAUCGAAUUCAACUUCAGCACUGGGGACUUUGCCGAGCGUCGAGCCGCGACUGUUGAAACUGCGGCGGAGUCGGACGGGAUGUGCCACGGUGUCUUCAUGUGGUGGGACUUGAGCAUGGACACGGAGGGGGAGAUUCGACUUAGCACCGCACCCACGUGGGCCCAUCCCGAGGGUUUGGACGCUCAGUGGAGGGACCACUGGAUGCAGGCCGUCUACUUCUUGGACCAACCCCUGCAGGUGCGCAAAGGAGAGCCGCUUCAUGUCACUCUGUCCCACGAUGACUACAGCCUGUGGUUCAAUGUGAGCCAGUCACCAAAACCCAACGUGGAGCCAGAGAGGCCGGUUUGUCACUGCGGUGCGCAUGUCGCCUGGAGUCGGCCUCGGAUAGGCAUGCUGAACGAUGCAGCACGGACGGAAACCUUCACUCAGGCUCUAAGAAAGGUUGUGAACGACAAGACGUUGUGUGUCAGUGUAAGCGAUGGAUCGAUGCUGCCUCUCAUCGCAGCUAGGCUGGGAGCCAAACAGGUGUACAGUCUUGAGCCAAACUUCAUGACUCACCGAGUGAUGCAAGACAUAAUUAAGGGCAACAAUCUCACUGAGGAAGUAAUCCUGUCUGAUGAGAGCGCACUCAAUCUACCCCAGGAUUUCUUCAAGGGUCAGAAAAUCGACGUUCUGAUGGGCGAGCCCUUCUUCCUAACCAGCAUUCUCCCCUGGCACAACCUGCACUUCUGGUACGCCCGAACGGCCCUUUCCCCUCACAUGGCAGAGGGAGCCCUCGUGCUACCAAGCAGGGCCAGGUUGAGGGGCGUCGCCGCAGAAUUUGACCAUCUGUGGAAGUUCCAUGCCCCCGUGGGCAACAUUGAGGGAUUCGAUGUGCGGACCUUUGAUGGACUUGUACAGAGUUCCUCGGCCAUCAGUGACGCACCCACAGAGCCCCACCAUCUAUGGGAGUACCCAGGCCAAGCCCUGAGCCAAGACUUCAACCUGAUGGAGUUUGAUUUCUGUCAGCCUGUACCGACCGAUACGCAGACGCAGAGCGGGACUGCCGAAAUCCUUGGGCAAGGUACUUGCCACGGCGUUGCCCUCUGGAUGGAGUAUCAGCUAGACCAAGAUACCUGGGUCUCCACUGGACUCCAGCGCCCCGUCCCCCCUACCCCCAUCCGAGACCUAGCCUGGGACAGGCACUCCAAGCAAGGGGUGUACUUCAUCAAGACUAACCCCAGGGUGGCGCCUGGAUCACGGAUGCAAUUUGACGUCUCAUUCAACCCGUCCCACGGGAGCGUCCAUUUCAAAUUUGAGGUCGUAUGACAGGAGUUGGUUUUUUUUUAGUGUGACCAUUCAGGAUUAGGCCAUAAGUCCCGCCCACCUUUGGUUUGGGUACAUUUCUCACUGUGCUUGUGACUAGGUUUGACUGAGGUACUAUUGUCACCUGACCAAACGUUGUGAUCCGAUUGGUCAUUGUGGAUUGUUUGACUGGCAGGCAGCGAGUGUCCAUUGUUCCAGAUUGGGACAUAGGCCCCGCCCACCUUUGGUUUGGUACAUUUUUCACAGUGCUUGUUACCAAGUUUGACUGGGCUACUGUGGUCACCUGACCAAACAUCGUGAUCGAAUUGGUCAGCGGGCACUGUUUGAUUGACUAGUAGGAAGGGGGUCUAUUAGGCCUAUGAAACGAGACACUAGUCCAAGAACCCAGGCUUUCGAGUAUCGGGAGGAAUGUAUUUGGAUAAUGACAUUUAACAUUCCUUUGAAUUCAAUUUGGAGUUGACAGUUUGUGCAUUUAUAACUCAAUUUCAGCCAAAGGGUACACACCCAAACUGCUCAUCACAGCGUACUGAUGGAUGCAAAAAUACACUUUUUAUGAAAGCACUGGGGAGUGUGGCCUGGUGGUUAGAGUUAGUGACUCAUGAUCAGAGGGU